AAGGCGUCAGUCGUGGGAACGAAGAGCGAAAGAGCGCUUCUUCUUCGUCGCCAUCGCUCUCUAUCCUGCGCUUUGCACGGCGAUAAGCCAUGGCUGCUUCCACUUCGGUCUCGUUCCUCAGCCAGAAUCGCUUUCUGGGUUCCUCCCAGAAGCUUCUCUCGGUCUCAAUCUACCCGAAAUUCAUCGGGACAGUCCCGAUGAUGCAGCGGCCGCGGCGCCAAUGUCUCUUCGCCGUGGAAGCACAAGCCAAGACCAGGAGAGAAGACCGGCUCGCCCGCCAUUCUCGCAUUAGGAAGAAGGUUCAGGGGACUCCAGAGAGGCCGAGAUUAUGUGUAUUUCGUUCCAACAAGCACCUCUACGUCCAGGUGAUUGAUGACACUAAGAUGCACACACUUGCUGCAGUAUCAACGAUGCAGAAGCCCGUCUCUGAGGAAUUUGACUACAGUUCUGGUCCUACCAUUGAAGUGGCAAAGAGAGUGGGUGAAAUCAUUGCGAAGUCUUGCUUGGAGAAAGGAAUCAUGAAGGUAGCCUUCGACCGGGGUGGAUAUCCCUACCAUGGACGUGUGGAAGCUCUCGCCGAAGCAGCCCGUGAACAUGGUCUUCAAUUUUGAAUUCUGAUUGCUAGCUUUGUUCAUUCCGAUCGUCUUUUCUUUGUCAAGAGAACUCUUGAUUCAAACACGAAUGCAUCAGUUUAUUUAGCGGAUUUGCUCCUUUUUCAGCUCAA